UCGAAGUUCAAGCUCCGGAUCCAGUCAAGAACUUGGGAAUCGAAACAGCAACACAGGAUGCUGAGCUCCUCUCAAAGCCCCCAGGAUGACACCUGGACAGAGUCCUUCUCUCUGCUUUUGGGACUUGGCGCUGCCCUCUACUUGGGCUACUACUGGACAUGGGUGCCCCAGAGGCCACAGCUGGUGACUGGGUCCCGAUUUCUGGCCUUCCUGGAGCAACACUGUCCAGUCACUCUGGAGACUUUCUAUCCUACGCUCUGGUGUUUUGAGGGGCGGCUACAAACCAUCUUCAGAGUCUUACUGCAGUCCCGGCCAGUAGUCCCUUACUCGAGUGAAGUUCUCGAAACCCCAGAUGGAGGCCAGCUCCUCCUAGACUGGGCCAGCCAGUCUAACAGUCAGUACCCUGACCCUAGCACCCAGCCCACUGUAUUACUGCUUCCUGGCAUCACAGGCAGUAGUCAGGAGACAUAUAUCUUGCACCUAGUUGAUCAAGCUUUGAAGGAUGGCUACAGGGCUGUUGUAUUUAAUAACCGGGGCUGCCGUGGGGAAGAACUGCUGACCCAUAGGGCCUUCUGUGCCAGCAACACUGAAGAUCUGGCGACUGUCAUCAACCACAUAAAGAGUCGCUACCCCCAAGCCCCACUGCUGGCUGUGGGCAUCUCUCUUGGAGGGAUAUUAGUGCUGAAUCACCUGGCUCGAACGGGACGGGCAGCAGGCCUGGUGGCAGCACUGACUCUGUCUGCGUGCUGGGAUUCCUUUGAGACCACCCGCUCCCUGGAGACCCCCAUGAACUCACUGCUCUUCAAUCACCGCCUCACUGCUGGGCUCUGUCAAGUCAUAAGCCGAAACAGAAAGGUGAUGGAAAACGUGGUGAAUGUUGACUUCGUCCUACAGGCCCGCACCAUCCGCCAAUUUGAUGAGCGCUACACAGCUGUGGUCUUUGGCUAUCAAGACUGUGCUGCCUACUACCGAGCAGCCAGUCCAAGAACCAAGGUCAAUGCCAUCCAGAUCCCUGUGCUCUGUCUCAACGCAGCUGACGACCCUUUCUCCCCCGUCGAUGCCCUUCCCCUACAGGCUGCCCAACACUCUCUCCACGUUGCACUGCUAGUCACAGCCCGGGGCGGCCACAUCGGCUUCCUGGAAGGACUGCUUCCCUGGCAGCACUGCUAUAUGAGCCGCCUCCUGCAUCAGUACGCCAAAGCCAUCUUCCAGCACCCAGCAGAGUUGCCAGGCCCCAGGUCACCCACCCCUUCAGAGGCAGGCAAGAGCUGACAAGAGUCUUAGUUCAGUCUUCCCUUGUUUAUUAAAUAUCAACUUUUCCUGC